AUGAAACAUAUGUGCCAAGUUGAGAAAAAAAAAGUUUGAAUAUAAAAGCUUUGAACAAAUAUGGAUAAAUAUUUUAAGUUUCACUUAAAAAAAAUAAAACAAAACUCAACUUUUGGUAAAACCAAUUGGUAAGGCCGUGAACGGGAGGUUAUAUUAUUGUAGGACUGCUUAAUUCACUCAAGGCCGAGGCUAUGGACGAUCUAGCCAAAGCUCUUCAUUUUACCGCUGAAGUAGUUCAGAAUCAUUAAAGUGCGUGAUAUCACUGUGAUAGUAAAUAUUUUGUAGUCGUAAAUAUAAUAUGGGCCAUACAAUAUGGCCCGUAUUUGUGAAGUGGUUAGUUUAAUUUGAAGUUGUGUUUGGACUAUCAUGGCUGACAGUGCAAGUGUAUUAACGUCUAAAAUCUCAGAAAAAGGUAAGUUAACUAAUUCAAUCAAUCGUACAACUAGUGAAACUUUGCGGUUGAACGAUUCAGAAAAAGUAGUGAAUUCACCAAAUUCAUUAUCCUCGACUGCACCAAGGAAAAAAACUUCAUUCCAAAUCACUAGUGUUAUCGUUGGGUCAAGAACAAGUAACGAUGGUGGUGAUGAUUCAGCUGAUGAUUUAGAUGAAUCUCAUGCUGAAGACAUUUCAGAAGUACUAGAUAAUUCUCGAAUUACUGAUUUAGAGAACGAAACUCCUAGCUAUUCUGAAGAUACGUUCUCUAAAGAUGAUGUUUUCUUCAAUGCAUCUUCCUCUUUAGUUUCUGCCCCUGUGAUUCCUACCAGUUCACAGUAUGGUUUAGCAAUUGUUGCUACUCCAGAAAAUAGUGAAAGUGCAUUAAAUCCCCCAGACAGUAGUGGAAAUAGUGAUACUGUUGAUACAACUGGUGUUGAUGUGACAGAAAGUGUUAUAAACUUAGGUGUAGUGAGUACUAAACAUGAUCCUGAAAUGAGAGACAUGCAUCCCCCUGCUCCCCGUACUGAAAGGUUUAAAGUUGUUAAAAUUGAAAGUACUGAACCGUUUAAACGUGGUCGUUGGGUGUGUAUGGACUAUCUCGAUCAUAAUAUUGCACAAAAAGAGCAGUCUCAAGUUAGUAGUGCUAAAAUUGAAUCUAGUGAGUGUAAUAUACAAGUCAGCUUAGCGACAGAUAUUCCUAAUUCUGCCCCAUCUGACUAUACAUCAUCAGUUAACUCUGUUAUAGAAGUUUCACCACUUGAGUCACAAGUACCAGUUCCUACUGAGCUUAUUAAUAAUUGUGCACCAUUAAACAUGCAACCGAAUGAUAGUCAAGUUAAUAGUCAAAUGCCCUUAAGUAGUGUACCAUCGACUGUGCCUGCAUCUUACCCAUCUGUUUCUCCUGGGCAGUCUCUACAGAAUAGUAUGCAAAUGGGUCAUAUUAUUAAUUCAUCUGCACCUCCUCCUCAAGUUUCACAGCAAUCUCAAAGUUUAUCACAAGUAAAUAUGCAGCAGAUUCUGGGAAACACGAGCCAACAUCAAAGCCUUCAGUCACAGCAAAUGCAGCAAAUUCUUUCUGGGGCUAAUGUUAUGCCUAUGCAGCAGCAGCAGGCUCCUAUACCACAGACAAUGCAACAGCAGCAACCUGUUAUGCAACAACCUAUGCAAACUAUGCAACAGAUGCAUCAAACCAAUCAACAGUAUCAGCCUCAACAACAAGCAAUGCCACCUCAGCAAAAUAUUCAACAACAGCAAACAAUGCCCCAACAACAAGCACCUAUGCCACAGCAACAAACAAUACAACCAUCUAUACCACAACAACAGCAAACAAUACCUCAGCAACAAUCGUUACCACAGCAGCAGACCCUUCCCCAGCAAGCUGCUGUGUCACAACCUCAACCAACAUUAACUCAGCAACCAUCAUUGACUCAACAACAAGCUCUGCAGCAGCAAGCAAUGCAACAAAAUUUGCCUCAACAACAGACAAUGCCUCAGCAACAGCAAGCUAUGUCCCAACAGCAACCUUUACCUCAACAGCAGUCAAUUCCACCUCAGUCUCAAACAAUGCCUCAACAACAACAACCUCUUCCUCAACAACCCCAAGGAAUCCCUCAGCAACAAAACAUACCUCAACCGCAGCAACAGCAGACAAUGCCACAGCAGCAGCAACCCUUACAGCAGCAACAACAACAACAAACUAUGCCUCAACAACAGCAACAAACUAUGCCCCAACAACAACAACAACAAAUGCCUCAGCAGCAAAGUAUGCCUCAACAGCAACAAAGCUUGCCUCAGCAACAACAGAGCAUGCCUCAGCAACAACAGAGCAUGCCUCAGCAACAACAAAGCAUGCCACAGCAACAGCAAACUAUUCCCCAACAACAAACUAUGCCCCAACAACAGCAGACUAUGGCUCAACAACAACAGCCAAUGACUCAACAGCAACAAACUAUGCCUCAACAACAGCCUAUUCCUCAACAACAGUUUCAAACAUUACAGCAACCGCAACAGCCUAUGAUGCAGCAACAAAUGCCACAGCAGACUCUGCAGACACAGAUGCCUGUUCAACAGGUACAGAUGCAGCCAGGCGUUCAACAAAUGCCAAUUCAACAAACUCAGAAUCAGCAGCAACAAAUGAUGCAACAAUCUUUGCAGCAAAUGCAACAACAACCUUCUCAAAUGCAUCAGGUGCCAUAUUCUCAAGCAAUGCAACAAACACAACAACCUGUGAUGACUCAAGCAGGUCAGCAGCAGGUUCCUGGAAUGUUGCCACAAAUGCAUCCUCAAAUGGGAUAUCAAACAAACCAAAUGAUGCCUGGUAUGCAGCCCCAACCUAUAAUGAAUAUACAGUCCCAACCUCAUCUACAGCCACAGUAUUAUCAAACAACACAACAAAUGCCCACUGGCAUAAUUACAUCACAGCCAGGUAUGAUGACACAGGGAGGAAUGUCACAAGUGUCAAUGCAGGGUUCUACUCCUAAUUUACCACCGCUACAAACUUAUCCUUCAGCAUCUGUCCCUCAGCCUAUGCAAGUACAAGGUAUGCCACAAACACCUCCAAUACCGUCAUCUGUGCAAUAUACAAUGCCUCAUUUGUCUCAGACAAAUCAGCCUUUGUCAAUGCCCAUGUCCAUGCAACAACCAAUGUCGAUGCCACAACCGCAGCCAACACCUCAACAACAGCCUCCUCUACAACAACCUCCUCCACAGCCAGCCCAAAGUUAUGCUGGUGUAAGUUCUCCUGCUCAGUCGUAUACUCAUGGAAUGUCAAGUUCAUCUGUUCCAUCUGCGUUGAUGAUGGAACAUCCAUUAUUAAAUGGUGAACAUCCAGAAAAUCCAACAGCAGCUCUCAUUGAAUCUUUAAAUGAAGUUACUGCUCCAGGAGAUGAACCAGGAGAAGAUGCAGAAAGAUCGUUUAAGAGAUUCACUUCCGGUGCCAAUGCAGUUGCUAUCGAUAAUAAGAUUGAGCAAGCGAUGGAUCUGGUGAAGUCUCAUCUAAUGUACGCUGUGCGAGAAGAAGUGGAGGUGCUGAAGGAGAAGAUCGCCGAGUUGAUGGAGCGGAUUGGUCAGUUGGAGGCUGAGAACGCGACCCUGAGGGCUGGAGCCACCCCUGAGACACUUGCUAUGCUCCCCCCACCAUCUCAGACCACCACCACCAAUCCUUAGGUUACACGUGUGUUGUGUGCAGCCGAGUUCCACACUUGCGUGCUCCGCACCUGGCCCAUGCCCUAGUCAGAUUGGAUUCACCUUUCAUCAGUUGACCUUUUCUAUUUAGUCACUUAUGUUCUUCUCGACUGUUUCUUCACCUAAUUAUGUAAAUGUGUUGUCGAUAAAUAAAAAAAAAAUGAGUAAAAAUAUUUGCAUUUUUACAUUUAGUUUUUAAAAAAUAUUUUUUAUGUUUGAAAAGAUAUGUGUAUCUAUAUUAAUGUUCCCUCAUAAACUUUACCUUCCACUUGUGUCAUUGUACGUCUAGCUGUAGGUCUAUGUAUGCAUAAUGGAUAAGUUGUAUAUGAAUGUUGUAAUCAUCAUAUUGAAACUAGCUUUUAAACUAAUAAUAUAUUGGCAACUAUGUUUUAAGCAAGUUAUUUUCACAACUAAAACUUUCAAUGGCUUAUUUUUUUUUUUCUUUUUAAAUGUGAUCUUAUACAGGGAAAAGGCUUUGUUCUGCAAAGAAGGAACCGACAAUAUCAUUCUGCUCAACGAAAAGAGGAAAACAAAAUUAAGAUGAGGUUUUAAAUAACAGUAAGUAAACGAUGCUCAAUUCGUAUUUAGUGAAUCUGUCAAUAUAACUAACAAAAUGAUAACAGAGGCAUAUCAUAGCAGGUCAUAUCGAGUUGAGCAUCUAUUGUAAAUACCUUAUGAUGUUAUUCUAAUCUGUUAUAGCGCUUAUCAAGUUCUCCAAUGCACUUCAGAUACAUUAGAUCUUAUCAAUUAUAUUAGGUAUUUCAUCACUAAAGGGUCCGCCCUCUUAUGCCUAUCUAUACGUAUAAAACCUAAGAUGCAGAGCUUAGCUUUGAGUUCUUUGAAAGUGACUAUGUGUAGUGAGAUUGUUGUGAGAAAUGCUUAAGCAUAGAAAGUGAUGCCAUUCAGGCUGUGGUAAAGAUAGUAUAUUUUCUGUAUUGUAUAUUAAAAUCAGUUUUUAAAUUUUAUUUGAAUUUUCUUCAACGGUCUAAGUUUAUUUUUUAGAUUUAUAGUCAUUAUAGAGCUUAUCUAAUUGUUUUAUGUAAUAUUAUGAUUCAUAUUUAUUUAUUAUUUUAGUGAUUACACAUAUGUGAGUGUUAGCUAUGAGAUGUUUUGUAAUCGACAAUUCUGUCUGGAGCCAGCACAAUAUAAAGCAGAUAAUAUAUCUGCCUGGAUUUAUCGAUUUGGAAAUAUUUUUGUAUUGUAUCAGAAGGUUUUGCAAGUGAUUUGUAUCGUUAAGUUAAGUGUAGGCUUAUAGACUUCUUAUAUUUCCUACUCUUACAUUUCAAGUGUACGCAAACUUAGAUUUAUAUACAUACAUAUAUAUUUAUUAAAUCACAAAUAUUGAUGUAUAAAUCGCUAAUAAGACUAAACCCUUGUCCUGUAUUGAGAGAUGAGUGUCAUUGAUAAAUGAAAGGGAACUAAUCUUGAUAUGUGAUUUAAUAUGCAGUAACUUGCAAGGUUACCAGAAAAGUGUCAAUCGAUAUAAACUUUAAACUUUUUUUUUUUCAAUAUUUGUAGUCUUGUAUGUUAUUCCAUUUCAGUCGAUAAUACUGAAAUUAGUUUAAAUGUAUUUAAAUUUGUAUAUAUUAUUUGAAUUAAUAGUGUUUUAAGACUGUAAUUUGCCUAUAGUAUUUUCACUGAGUUUUCAAUAUACAUCUUAUUGUAAAAUAGAAAAAAGAAAAAAAAAAGUUGAAAACUGUUUAUUUUAUUAAAUUAUGACAUCACAAAAAACAAACUUAAAAGUUAUCAAUAGCUCUAAUUUUAUAUUAUAGUGAAUGUUAAUUUAUAAUAGCAUUGACAUUAAUACAGUUGAAUUAGUGAAGUAAGUUAUAACUUCCUUUUGGUAAAUAUACUCAGUAUUUUUUAAAUUGUUAAUUUUUAAUAUUGGUAACUGUCAAAUCGUAAAGAGCUGAUGUCGUGUAAAUUCAAUUUAUGACUUUUAUCCUUCCUGAAUUGUGACCUAUUUAUUCAUUCAAUUGUGAUCUGGAUCUAUAACUGACUUUUUCUCUGGUUAAUAGAACUGCAAAUAAAUUAAAAUCUGUAAUCUUGUUUCAUGAAAUUGAUGCUUGUUAUAUAAUAAAUUGUAAUUUCUAUUUAAGCGAUUCUCUAGAUUUUCAAUUUCAUGAGAUGAAUCCACCCAUUUGCUCUUCUAUACCAAAACUUAAUAAGCUUAUAUUUUGUAAAAUAACUCCUUUGGAUGUUAUUCUAUUUCAAAUAAAUAAUAUAAUCAAUAUUACAUUUCUAAUAUAUUG